CGUCCCCCCUUCCCUUUCCCUACAGUCGGCACAGCACAGAAUCGGCACAGUGCAAUUCAAUCAACCCUUGUCAUGUGUAAUCUCUAAUUAUCUAAAUUCUAACCGGUUUGCGGGAAGUGAAUGAUACCAUCAGAUACUAUAUUAAAUACCUCAAGAAUUUUUAUACCCUCGUCAGUGGAAAAUACUCAGCAAGUUGGAAAUAAAUUUCCUCUUCUACUGAGGACAGGUUUAUUUACCUCCCCACAAUGCAGCAAAGUAAUACCAGUAAAGAUAGUAACAAUACUAAGAAGCGGAACAGACGGAAGAAGACUGAGACAAACGAAGAAGAAGCUUCAGGCGAUGGAAGCGAGGUUACGACACGUAACAUUUCUUUUCGGGACCUCCGGAAAGCAAUGGAAGCCAUUUCCCUUCAACAAAGACCUGCCAAAACUACAGAAGAAGCAAUGCAAAAACAAUUCCAUUUUUGGAACACUCAGCCAGUUCCAAAAAUAGAUGAGAAGAUAACUGUCAAUGAACCGAUAGAAGCCAAUAAGACGGACGAAGAUAUUCGACAGGAACCGUAUGGGUUACCAGACGGUUUUCAGUGGGACACACUCAAUCUAGAGGAUCCAUUAGUGCUGGCAGAAUUGUACACUUUACUGAAUGAAAAUUAUGUGGAGGACGAUGACUCAAUGUUUCGAUUUGACUAUCCAUCGCAGUUUUUGAAAUGGGCUCUCCAGCCUCCUGGUUGGCGACAAGACUGGCAUUGUGGAGUUCGGGUCACGAAGAGUAAACGUUUGGUCGGUUUCAUUAGUGCCAUUCCUGCAACUCUAAGUGUCUAUGAUGUACCACAAAAAAUGGUUGAAAUCAAUUUUCUCUGUGUUCACAAAAAACUUCGCAGCAAAAGGGUUGCUCCUGUUUUGAUCAGAGAAAUUACAAGAAGAGUGAACUUGGCUGGUAUUUUUCAAGCUGUUUAUACUGCUGGAGUAGUUUUACCAAAACCAGUGGGAACAUGCAGGUAUUGGCAUCGUUCCUUGAAUCCGAAGAAACUAAUAGAAGUUAAAUUUUCUCACCUAAGUAGACACAUGACAAUGCAAAGAACUUUAAAAUUGUACAAACUGCCUGAAGCUCCCAAAACACCAGGUUUUCGAAAGUUAACUCUUAAAGACUUACCGAACUGUCAAAAAUUGUUAGCUGAGUAUCUAAAGAAGUUUGACCUAAUACCUGUUUUCUCAGAGGAAGAAUUCAAGCAUUGGUUCUUACCUCAGCCUGGAAUUGUGGAUGCCUACAUUGUAGAGACAGAUGGAGAAAUAACAGACAUGGUUAGUUUCUACACGCUGCCUUCAACUGUCAUGCACCAUCCAGUUCACCGUACGCUUAAAGCUGCCUACUCAUUUUAUAAUGUUUCUAACAAAACAAAUUGGAUUGAUCUGAUGCAAGAUGCAUUGAUCGCUGCCAAAAAUGAUGGUUUUGAUGUUUUCAAUGCCCUAGAUUUGAUGGAAAAUAAAGAAUUCUUAGAGCCUCUCAAAUUCGGAAUCGGAGAUGGUAAUCUACAAUACUAUCUUUACAACUGGAGAUGUCCACCAAUAGCGCCCAACAAGAUUGGCUUAGUGCUGCAAUGAACAACUUGAUGAAGAAUUUUUGAUGAUGUUGCACUCAUUAAGCUUAUUCUUGCCGCCUUCAGAGACUUCAGAUUUUGCGUGAAAUAACGCCGUAUUUAUCAAACUAAGUAUUAAAAACGUUGAACUUUACCUCCAAAGUUCACUUCGGGAACUGUGUAGUUUCGUACCCAAUGAACUUACUUUGAAACUUUAAAACGUCCCCAUUUUUUCAAUUCAACGUAUUGUUAUUUCCUAGACCAAGUGACGUAUCUUCAUACUGAGGUUGCAAAGUUAAUUUUGAUAAUUAUUUUUCUCAUGAGUAUUACUUUGUAAUAUGCGUCCAAAAUUGUGCUUAUUUUUGCCCAUGACGUGGAGAAAAGUCAGUACUAUUUUCAUUCAGAAACGUCCAACACUUUCCUCACAAGAACACGAUUUGUGAACGAUAUUUGGCAACAUCGAAAUGCAGUUACGUUUUUUCAUCUGGGGAAUCACGGUAUAUCAAGGUGACAGGGAAACAGAUAAAUUUUAUGGAUGAUAAUCCCGUUCAAAUAUUUUUUGAAGUGUUGCAAGCUUAAAAUUCAAUCAAUCAUAGAUACAUCAAUCUUUAAGCUCCUCCUUAGUUUUGUCUUGGAUUUUUUCCACACCUAACGCAUGAAAUCUUAUUAUUUUCUAAGCUAAUUUAUGUUGUAUCUCUUAAUCUCCGAAGUCUGCAAUAAUUUAAUCAGUUUUACAAUAUUGUUAAUUUUUACUAGGGUAAUACAUAUUCAUGAAGUAUCAUA